GCAAACGUCAACACCGUAAACACGUGCGAGCACCACCGGCAGGAGAAAACAUCCUCAAAAAUACGCGUUUUUCCGAUUGUUUAACUGUGUCCUCGUUAUUAUUACAUUCUAGUGUAACCCUUCACAACUUCAAGAUGAAGAUCAAACAGUCAAAGAAAAAGGAAGACUUCCAGAACAUGUCCCUGGACAACUUCUUGGACAACAUGGAUGCAGACGUUGGAGACGAUGAGCCAGAGGCCAAACCGAAGAGUAAACUUAAAUCUAAUGGCAUAGAAAAGGCCAAAUACAAACAGGAUGCAAAGGACGACAAAAAGAAGGUGAAAUCUGUAGGGAAAGUAAAGAAAGUUGCUGCAAGCACUGCGGAACCGGAGGAAGAAGUGAAUGGAGCUGAAGAGAAAAAGUCUAGGAAGACGAAAAAGGUCAAGUCGGCCGAUGCCGAGCAAAAUGAGGCAAUGAACGGCAAAGUGAAGAAAAGGAAAAAUUUGAACUCCGAAGCACAGCGACCAGAGCUGACUGGAAAAGAGAAGAAAAAGAAACGCAAACUGGCCGAGCCAGAAGAAGCGGACGGUUCCGACCACGAUACUGCCGGCUCGAAUGCGAACAGCGUAUUGAAGAAGAAAACGAAGAAAGUCAAGAAGGUCGCUGAGCAGGCUGAGAUGAAUGGCAACAAGAAAAAAGCUAAAACCGAGUCACAACCCGUCCAGCUUAACGGCAAGGAGUCGAAGAAAACGAAGGGUAAGCAGGCCGCCGCCGAAAAAUCCGACAAAGAGUUGACAAAGUCGAGCAUGAAACAGGUGGAAAAGGAGCAUAAAGAAGCGCUGGCCAGAUUGGAAACGACCGAUCCGGAACUGUUUGCCUUUUUGAAGAAGAAUGACGAAAAACUGCUGAAAUUCGGCCAGCUGGGCGGAAGCGAUUCGGAAUUCUCCGACUCGGAGAAUGAGGCUGAAGACGAGGAGGGAGCUGUGCACGAGUUGCCAGACAAGCUGGACGUUGCUAGUGACGAGAGCGACUUUGAUCCCAAUGAGGAUGAAGACGAGCAAGGUCCCGGUGAGGGGGACGAUGAAGAUGAAGACGGUGAGGAAGAGGAGAAAGCCGCCGACGAUGACGAUGGCACGCCGGGCAAGAGGGUUACGUUUAAAAUGCUGAAAGCAUGGACCAACGAUCUGACAACGCUGCCAGUAAAGCACGUUCAUGGUAUCCGCAACAUUUGCAAAGCUUUCAAUUCGGCCCUGUACACCGUGACGGGAGAUAAGAGCGUUAUCCCGCCGUAUCGCGUUGAAGGUUCGGCUAUGUUUAACGGUAUCGUACAAACGUGCGUUCUGUACCUUGGACCGGCCCUUCGGAGCUAUCUGGCAUUGACCGAGAAGCGACAGUUUAAGGAUCUGAAGAAUGAUUUCCGGUUCAAGAAGGUGAGGGCAAGCAUAAAGACAUAUCUGAUCGAUCUGACCAACCUGCUCGAGAACGUCUCUUCGUCGCACAUCAUGUCCGUACUGCUGAAACACUUGCACGAGUUUUCAUCGAUUCUGAUCUGCUACCAGAACCUAACGAAACCCAUUCUGAAGCGUCUGAUCGGUAUCUGGAGUACGGCGGAGGAAGAAACCAUCCGUGUGUUGGCGUUCAUGUGUAUCUUGAAGAUCACGCACGCGCAACAAUCCUUCUUCCUAAGCAACGUGCUGAAGGUGAUGUAUCUGGCGUACGUAAAGAACAGCAAGUUUGUGUCGCCCAACACGCUGCCCAACAUCAACUUUAUGCGCCGCUCGCUGGCGGAAAUGUUCUUGCUCAACUUCAACGUCUCCUACCAGCACAUGUUUCUGUACAUCCGCCAGCUAGCCAUUCACCUGCGCAAUGCAGUAAUUUUGCAGAAGAAGGAAAGCCUUCAGUACGUCUACAACUGGCAGUACAUCAACUCGCUGAAACUGUGGGGCGACGUGCUCGGAUCGGCCCAUGCGCAUGGGGGAGCCCUUGAACCACUAAUCUAUCCGUUCGUUUCCAUCACGAUCGGUGUAAUGAAGUUGAUACCGUCGGCCCAAUACUUCCCGCUGCGCUUCCACUGCUGUCGCACGUUGAUACAGCUGAAUGCGAAAACGAACAUCUACAUACCGGUACUCCCAUUCCUGGUGGAGGUGCUUCGUUCCCAUAGCUUCAACGAGGACCACAAAAAGCUGUCUAUGCGACCGGUAAAUCUGACCUGCUUGUUACGAUUUUCCCCGGCAAACAUUCAGGAGAACGCUUUCAAAGAUGCCGUCAUCGACCAGAUCUACGAACUGGUGCUAGAGUUUGCGGCAAACGAGUCCGCCUCGAUCGGCUUUCCGGAGAUCGUUCUGCCGAUCAUACUGCAGCUACGCCAGUACGCAAAAACGACCAAGCAGUACAAGUACUCGCGCAAGAUGAAGCAGCUGAGUGACAAGCUGAUGGAGAAUUACGAGUUUAUGGAAAAGCGGCGCCGCAAGAUGGACAUACCAUUGAAGGAAACGGACCGUAUCCGGGCCUGGGAGGAAAUGGUCCGUGCGGAGGGAACGCCGCUGGCAAAGUUCUACGCUACGAUCGCGAAGGAGACCGAAGCGGUGAAACGACGCCAUGCUACGGAUUCGGAAAAGAUCAGCGAUUACAAGCUGCCAACGUUGAAGAAGGUGGUGAAAAAGACACCAACGAAGAAGGAUGGCCCGGUGACGCUAUUCCCAUCGGACGACGAAGACGAGGAUGAUGAUGAUGAUGAUGAGGACGGACUCGAGGACAUGGAGGAUGAUACGGACGGUGAUGAAUCGAUGUCCGACAUGGAGGAGGGCAGUGAUGACGAGGAGAUGAUGGGUUCAGAUGACGAUGAGGAUGAUGAUGAGGAAGAGGAAGAGGAAGAGGAAGAGGAAGAGGAAGAGGUGGUGCCUAAAAAGAGCAACAAGAAGAAAUUAGUGAAGGAGCAAAAGAAACCCAACAAAAAGAUCGUCGAGAAUUAUCCUUUGGAGGAUGGUACGGAUGCGGAUCAAGUCGAUAUAUUGAAAGAUUUGAAGUUAGAUGAUUGGGAUGAUUGAAGGGUUUGCCGUACAUACAUCGUAAUUACCUUGUACAUUACCUUACCAGCAGAUUAAUAAAGUGCUGAUCUUAAGGGAUCAUUUCCUUUAA